UUGUCACCUGUUUGUUUCCACUUCAGUGCAUGCCUCUUCAUGUUAUAACCAUCUUGUUUAACCGGAUUAUUUUCCACACACAGACUGAUUCAGAUCUGAAAUGGAGUCACGGAAGGUAAUUGCCGCACUUUCACCGCUGCUUCUUUUGAUGAUCUUCGGCGUCUGCGAAGGAAAAUAUGAACCCAACUGGGAAUCAAUCGACUCCAGACCACUGCCCGAGUGGUACGAUCAGGCCAAGUUUGGCAUCUUCAUACACUGGGGAGUGUUUUCCGUCCCGAGCUUUGGCAGCGAGUGGUUCUGGUUUAACUGGCAGCGGCGCAAACUGAAGCCUUAUGUUGACUUCAUGAGGAAGAAUUAUCCUCCGGGUUUCCAUUAUGAAGACUUUGCACCGCAGUUCACCGCUGAGUUCUUUGAUGCCAAGGAGUGGACUGAAAUCUUUGCCUCAUCAGGAGCAAAAUACAUCGUCCUGACCACGAAACACCAUGAAGGCUUCACUCUCUGGGGCUCAAAAAACUCCUGGAACUGGAAUGCAGUGGACAUUGGACCCAAGCGAGACUUGGUGGACGAAAUGGCGAGCGCCCUGCGGGCGAACAGUGACCUUCACCUGGGCCUGUACCACUCUCUCUUUGAGUGGUUUAACCCACUCUUUCAAACUGACGCUGCAAACGCUUUCAAGACAAAUUACUUCCCCACCGCCAAGACCCUGCCCGAGCUUUACGAGCUCGUCGUUAAGUACAAGCCGGAGGUGCUGUGGUCCGACGGGUCUGGGGGCGCACCGGACACCUACUGGAACAGCACGGCCUUCUUGGCCUGGCUCUAUAAUGACAGUCCGGUUCGAGACACGGUGGUGACGAACGACCGCUGGGGUUCGAACUGCAGCUGCAAACACGGCGGUUAUUACACCUGCACCGACCGCUACCAGCCGGGACACCUGCUCAAACACAAGUGGGAAGACUGCAUGACCAUUGACAGAAGGUCCUGGGGCUACCGACGCAACGCGCCUCUCAGCGACUACCUGACCAUCGACACGCUCGUGGCGACUCUGGUGGAGACGGUGUCCUGUGGAGGAAACCUGCUGAUGAACAUCGGCCCGACACAUGACGGGCGGAUCGUGCCGAUCUUCGAGGAGCGUCUGAGGCAGAUGGGUCAGUGGCUGCGGGUCAACGGGGACGCCAUCUACAACACGACGGCAUGGCGAGCCCAGAACGACAGCGCGACGUCCAGAGUGUGGUACACGUUCAAGCCUCAGGAAAAGUCCGUCUUUGCCAUUUUACUUGAGUGGCCGAGUAAUGGGACAGUAAUACUCCAUGAACCGAUGACAGAAGGACUGACUCAGGUGGAGCUUCUUGGUCACGGGCCUCUGAAGUGGGAUCCUGUGGAGCCCGUGGGGCUGCGGGUCUUCCUGCCCCUGCUGUCCGUCGGCCAGAUGCCGUGCCAGUGGGCCUGGACGCUGAGGCUGACAGGUGCCACUUGAAGGAAAGACGCCGCCUUUGAAGAGCAGACGACAGGGCCGCUAUCAGAGCUGCCACCGGAUGUUUGAAUCAUGAACAACACAGCUCGAGUCUGUAUGAAAAGUCCAAGGACACAGUCGAUAACUUGCAGUAUGAUUGCACAAAGUAAUCUUUACAAAUAUGUGUGCAGUGAAGCAGCUUUAUUGGUGAAGGAUUUAUGUUGGAGCUCAGGUGAGAGGAGACGCUGUGGAGACCUUGCUGUAGGGGAUGUGACAUUUUGAGACCUCUGUGGUUGAUUUAUUCAGAAAUGGUUAGCAGAGUAAAGUGAUGCAAAGAGGAAAUAAAUGCCGCAGAGCUUUGUCUGGCAUGCUGAUUGGUGGAACGAUCUGGGUAUUUGUCUGAUUUUUAAUCCUUUUAAAGUCACCUGACAACUGAACUGUCACCUCUUUGUGGUCGGGUUUUAGUUCAUAUUGUGUCUCUUGCUUUUGCUUUUCUGCUCAGGAUGAAUUUUCUUUUUCUUCACAACGACAGUGCAUUUUUUCUGGCCUUUUUUACAGGAAUAAAAUGUUGAACAAUAAAUGGGAAAUUGUCUUUUCUCUUA